UCCGCUCCUCUCUCUCUCUCUCUCUCUCCCCUCGUUAGCCAAGAAGCGAGCCGUGUUGAACCGAGCCGCCGGUCCCGCGGCGCCGUCUCCCCUAGUCGCUUCUCCCGCCGGCGAGUGGCCGUCGCAGCGGCAGCGAGGAGAGGGGAGGGGAGAUGGGCGACGAGCGGGUGAAGGCGGAGGCGCUGCAGAUCCUGGGCCUCUUCCAGGUAUUGCCCCGCCUCGUCGUCUUCGACCUCGACUACACCCUCUGGCCCUUCUACUGCGAGUGCCGGUCCAAGAGGGAUUCGCCGAGCCUCUUCCGGCACGCCAGGGGCAUCAUGUACGCCCUCAAGGAGAAGGGGGUCGACAUGGCGAUUGCAUCCCGCUCCCCCACCCCGGACAUAGCCAAGGUGUUCCUCGACAAAUUGGAGCUCCAAUCCAUGUUCGUCGCCCAAGAAAUAUUCUCCAGCUGGACUCACAAGACUGAGCAUUUCCAAAAGAUCCAGAGAAGGACUGGGAUUUCCUACAAGUCCAUGCUUUUCUUUGAUGACGAGGACAGGAAUAUUGAAACGGUAUCAAAAAUGGGAGUGACAAGUGUUCUAGUAGAGAAUGGAGUGAAUCUUGACAUGUUUAAGCUGGGCCUCAGUAACUUUGCUACUAACUCUGCUGCCUCCAGCAGAAAGCAAGACGAGUAGCCCCAAGGAAAAGCAAUACAUUAUGAAUACCUUUGAAACAUUAAACUUGUAUUUCUUGUAAUCAAUUGCCCCUAUUCAUGAACAGUGUUUACGGAAGGAUGAUAUCGGAAAGUAGCUACCGAACUGAUCCAGCGCCUGUCUAAUAUUUGUUUGAAGCAAAACACCACAUGUCUUUGUCUUA